AUGAACUUCUACAAAGUCAUGAGUCCAGAGCAUUCGGAGGAGUACAUUUACAAUGGACACAAUCAUCAGUACACACCAUUUACCUGUCAUUUCACCCACACUCUACCCAAACAGAUUGUUUGCUACAGGGGUCCAAACAAACAUUGGAGCAGUGAUGUUUGUUUUUACCAUUCUCAAUCCCUAAUGUGUGGUAACCAGGGACGUCCCUUAGUUUCCUCUUUCAUUGGAAAACAUGGCUGUGUUUAUUACAUGGUGCAGGCAGUUCUCAAGUUGCCCCUUCAUAAGAAUCGGUGUGUUUCCUGACGACUUUUUAUCAUCAGUCACACUGAUGUCAAUAUUCCAGCACUAAUAUCUCCAGUGUCACAAACCUGUGAGAAGAUGAUUGGACGCUGGAUAUUUACUUCAGGUUCCAUCUCUCUGACUGUCAGCAUAGACCGCAAGGGUUAUUGCAAUGAAUCAAUCACAAUUUUUGCUGAGAUUAAGAACUGCUCCUCUCGUCUAGUUGUACCAAAAGCAGUGAUGUAUCAGAUUCAGACCUAUAUGGCCAAUGGUAAAAGUAAAAUCUUCAAACACAAGGUUGCCAGCGCCAGAGGAAAUAUUGUCCCAUCUCACUUCUCUGACAGGUGGAAUGGAAAUAUGUUCACGAUUCCUCCUGUUUGUCCCUCCAUUCUGAAUUCAGACAUUCUGAAGGUGGAAUAUCUUCUUGCAAUGAGUAUUCAGAUACCUGGUACCGAAAAUCUGAAAGUGAAGUUUCCAAUAGUAAUUGGUACCAUUCCUUACAGAGGUCCUGCCAGUGGCUGAUUUAGCAUAAGUAGCCAAUCCAGUGUGGAUAUGAGCUUCCUAACCCCUCCCCUCCUUGAUGAAGGUAUGGUAGCUAAACUAUGGUGA